AUGACGCUGUGUGCGCGUAGUGCAAUACUUUCCUACACUCUGAUUGGUUGGGAUUGCCUACGUCACCAACGCUUCCCCUCGUUCUUUCUCUUCGGCCUCCGCCAUUGUGGUGUAAGGACUGCGGACAAAAUGGUAAGGUGAAAUCUUAUAACAUCCUUGUCUACAUCAGUGAAAUGCAUAAUUGUUCAUGGCAUUUGCAUAAAGUGGUUUUAACGGCAACACCGAUAGCCUUUAUAUUGUCUCCAAUACAAGUAUUGAAUCCCUAAAAAGUAACGUUUUAGUAGCGUGUGGACCAAACCGGUUUGUCCAGGAAAUUUACUUGAGUUCUGGAAGUAGACUUCCUGCCCUCAACAUAUUUUUCUGCCUAUAAUCAUCUACCGGUAACGGAAGUGCAAAGAGUUAGCUUAGUUGGUAUGCUUACCUAAAACGUCAGUUAAGCAUGCCAUGAUGAAGGAAAUGUAGGUUUACAUGUGAUGUAUGUUACCCUAGUUAACUAACACGGCCCCAUCUCUUUAUUUCAGUCGUCCCACAAGACUUUCAGGAUCAAGCGCUUUCUCGCCAAGAAACAGAAGCAGAACAGGCCCAUCCCACAGUGGAUCAGAAUGAAGACUGGCAAUAAGAUC